GGGUAGAGCUGCUGCGCGCGCGGCGGCGGCAGCCAGGGGAGCGGCGUGAAGGCCGGGCUGUGCGCGCGGGGGGCGGUUGGGGCUGAGGUAAGCCGGAGCGAUGGCGAUGGCGAUGGCAGCGGGCCUGGCGCGGCUGCCCGCGGCGUGCAACCAGCGGCUGGCGGAGCUCCUGCGGCAGGUGGACGACGUCGACAUGGUGUGGCUGGAAGAGAUCCACGAGGAGGCGGCCAGGAUGUUCGGCAGCCACUACAGCGACCAGCCGGAGCUGAUGCCCAAGACGCCGUCGCAGAAGAACCGGAAGAGGAGGAAGCGGCCGUCCGCGCUGCGGGGCGAGAGCCUGGAGCUGGGCAGGAGAAGAUUAUCUAGAAGGAGGACUAACAACCUCAAAGCAGUGUCCUCCAAACGAUGUUCUCAGCGACUCCAAAAUAAAGAAGACGCAGCACCACUCAGCACCGAGGCCCAAGAUCUUUCAAGCCAAACUGUCUCUCAGCAGUUGACAGGAUCCCAGGUUGCAGCGCCUGCCGACCGCUCAGAGGUCCUUCCUGAACAUCUAGGAGAAAGAGUAGUUCCCGUAGUAGAAAUCAGUGUCUGUGAUCGCGUUAGUGCUGAGUUUCAGUUCCAGAAGUGUGCAUCUGAACCAGCAGAGAAUCACUCCACGAACCUCCCCCUGAGCUCCGAUGACAAGUCUCCCAAGGAGAACAGUACCGCAGAGUCACAGCCUUUGCCUGCUGCAUCUGAGCUCAUAGUCCCUCAUACCCCAGAGGCAAAAGGCUCAGGAAAGAACAAGAGUGCAUUUAAGAAGACAGCAAACGCAGCUGAUACUACAGUUGUUUUAAGUGAAGAGCCUGGGCUGGAAGAGGUAGAUGACUCUGCUCAGAUGCAAAAGCAUAAUGAGAGGGAUGAUAAAGAACCUCAGCGUACAACAGAUAGCCCAGAAACUCCUACAGGUUCUAGGCUAAGCCGUCGCUCUGUGCGCAGAAGUUUGAUGGGCAAACCUUCCACGAUUCGUAGAACCUCACUGGCAGAGAAAUACUCACUAGCCCGCAAGAGGGAAAGCACUAUUCGGAAAUCUAUCGCCAGGACAGUGAUCAAGCGUAAGGCGCCCCAGAAGUUAUCUGUGUCCUCCAGUUCCGUGAAUGGCUCGGGUUCUGAAGAGGUGCCAGAAGAUGAAGAAACAGUUGUCAACACUGGACCUCCUCCUGUACCUCGUACCCCUCCAAAGCUGGAUUUCCAAGGCCUGCGGAUGUCACUUCGCUCUCAGACUGUCAACAGAAAUGAACAACAGCAGGAGACAAGCAAUAACGAACGCGACUUAAGUAAGAGUGAGAAGACCCAGGAACCACCCCAAAGUGCCAGGAGAAAGACAAGUUACAAAAGAGCUGUGGAUCAACGCUAUGACACCCAGCAAGCAGAAGAUGGGGGGCUUUCUCCUCAGAGAAAAAAGACUCCAUCCCCUCCAUGUCCAGCUAGCAAAGUUGUACGUCCUUUCAAAACAUUUUUGCACACUGUGCAAAAGAAUCAGCUCUUAAUGACCCCAACCUCUGUGGGGAGAAAUGGAGUAAUAAAGUCUUUUAUCAAGUACAACACUCCUCUCCAACAUGAUCCCAAGGAAAAGGAGAGACAAAAACUGCAGGCUCUGAAAAAGAAGGAAGAGGCUGAGCAGUUAAGAAAACAAAAAGUGGAGGAAGAAAAGAAACGGCGACUAGAAGAGGCAAAGUUGAGGCGAGAAGAACGCCUGCGUAAAGUGCUGCAAGCUCGGGAACGGGCAGAGCAAUUGGAGGAAGAGAGGAAAAGGCGCAUUGAGCAGAAGCUAGCUCUGUUUGAUGAGAAGACAGAGAAGGUACGGGAAGAAAGACUGGCAGAGGAGAAGAUAAAAAAGAGAGCAGCUGCCAAGAAAAUGGAAGAAGCAGAGGCCCGGCGCAGGCAGGAUGAAGAAGCCAGAAAGCAAAAAGCACUGCAGCAGGAAGAGGAGGAACGUCGGCACAAAGAGCUAAUGCAGAAGAAGAAAGAAGAGGAGCAGGAACGUGCCAGGAAAAUUGCUGAGCAGAGGCAGGCAGAACAGGAGAGAGAAAAACAACUGGCUGCAGAGAGAGAGCUGGAGAGGAAGAAGGAGCAGGAGAGAAUUCAGGCAGAAAAGCAACGUGAACAGCAAGAGAAGGCAGCUCGUCUGCAGAAGGAGGUAUUGGCUGCUAAAGAGCAGCUCCAGAAGGAGACGGAGAAAAAAGAAAAGGAAGAGCAGUUGCUAGCAGAGAUGAAGAGGCAGGAGCAAGAACAGAAGAAACUACCAGAGGAACAAAAGGCUAAAGAUGUAGCCCAAACACAGCACCUAGAAAACAAAGAGAAUUCACCUGCCUGCAAUUCAUACCAGAUGACUCCACAGUACCAUAAAGAUCCAAAGCCCCCCAAGAUAAAUCCAAACAACUAUGGAAUGGAUCUGAACAGUGAUGACUCUACUGAUGAUGAAAGCCAGCCUCGCAAACCCAUCCCUGCCUGGGCCAGUGGGAAUCAGCUUAGCCAAGCAGUAAUCCGCCAGUACUACAACCCUCCCAACGUUGAUGCACUCUUUGGGACAAUCGUAAGCCCCAAGUUGGAGGACAUCUUUUACAAAAGCAAACCACGCUACUUCAAGCGCACCAGCUCUGCUGUGUGGAACUCCCCACCAUUUCCAGGUGCCAAAUCGGUUCUAGGUCUGCCAUACAGCCUGAAAAAGUACUGAGGUGGACAGUAGCUGUCUCCUGUGGAGCAAUAUUAUGCAUUUUUGUCUCUCUAGAUGAGAAGAGAGUUACUAUUCAGUAUCCCUAAAUCUUUAGGCACCAGCAUUGAAUGAAUGUCAGCUCUGACUGGGUCUCUUGCAUUUUCUGUUUUGGAGGCUUGUUUUUUUUUUUUUACCACUGAGCAAAGUUGCAGGCUUUGGGGAGAUCUUGCUUCUGAACAGGGCAUUUCCUGUUUCCUUCAGCUUUAAGUUGGCAAAGAUUUAGACUUACAGGUCAUGAGAAUGUGUAAUCUAAAGCAAAUGUGAUUGUUCUCUUCAGCCAAGCAGGCCUGGCAGCUGAUGCAUGCAGUAGGGAGAGGUAUGUCAGUGCUUUUCCUGCCUCUCUGUGGCUGAAGUCAGAAUAUUGUACAGCUAAUGACCACUGCACGCAUCUUGAGUCAAGUCUAAAACACUACUGAUGUCCUUAAGAAUAAAGAUAUUAGCAGCCAUGGUCUUCAUCUCCUGCAAAUUGCAAAAUAAUUUGGUUUUGUUUUCAUUAGUAUGCUCUGCAUCAAUACCAAAUGCAUUUAUGUGCAUAAGCUUUGAUGAUGAUGAUGUUACUGCAGUUCAGGAGGAAAUAUUCUGAGGAUCUUAAUGACCUUUCUUCUGCUGUUGGAGAGAGAUGUGACUCUGGAGUUAACCAUGUCUCCAGGAACACCCAGAGUAGCAUAAGUAAUCUUUGUAUUUCUAGCAGUCUCUCAAAUAAAUUAUACAAAGGUUUGGAUAUUUUUUUCUCUAAUUUAAAUUCCGUGUUUGUGGCAGAUUGGAUUAAAAGGAUGUUUUUAUUUAGCUUUAAUCCUUGUCUUGCUCUUUUCUCCCCUUAGCUAUUUCACUUAGUCAGCAUCAAAGCUGGUUUUAUUUUUAAGCCUUCACUUUGCACGUCUUGUUCAGUAAAGCAAUAUCAAGACUGUUUCCUCAUAGCAGCAAAAUAUGAGCUCAGAAUUUCAGCUCCAAGAUCACUUUGUGUUCUAGUCUACAAGUUUCUGUAUAGAGAGAGCAGAAGUCCCAGUAGGGCAGUGACAUUUUUCAAGGAAACAGUUACAUUAAUUUCUAUAGGUUGCUGCGGAAGCCUGUCUUCUGCAAAGUAGGCAAAAUAUAUGAUUCUUACCUCAGAAUCUUUUUUUUUUGGGGGGGGGCUUGAUUUUUAAAGAUUGGUGAGUAUUCAUGGCUGCAACCUUAGUCAGUAGACUGAGAGCACUGUACAUACAGCUUGGUCGCUGAAAAAAAAAACAACAAAACUCUGGAGAUUAUGUAACAUGUAAGGAGAACUGCAUAUUUCCUUGUGUAUUAACUGUUCUUCAAAUAGAUAUCUUUAAAAUGUAUAUUUAUACUUAACAUCUAUCAGUUUUGUAUUUGCUAUUGUUGAGUGUGUUCUGUGAGAUGAUUGUGCUUUGAUAAAUGUUCAGUAGUUUGAGUUUUGUACUAUCAUCUUAGAAUGAGAAAUGCUUGCUUGAAAUGACAAACAGUUGAAUGCUAUCUGAAUGUCUGACAGUUUGAUAAAACUUAAGUCAUCUCUG